AUGACAGUCAAGCCUCGUCCAUUCAAAUUCUUCAAUAUGUGGACUCUUUCCAGUGGGUUUAUGGAGGUGGUGCAAAGAGAGUGGCAGGUGCAAGUAGAAGGCUGUGCUAUGUUCAAAGUGGUUACAAAAUUGAAAAAAUUGAAGAAAGAAUUGAAGAAAUUGAAUAAGCACAAGUUCUCAGAUAUAGAACAACAAGCUGAUAUUGCAAAAAAAGAACUGGAUUCCAUUCAGGAGAGUAUUCAGGGGGAUCCUUGGAAUGUUGAGAUGCAUAAAGCUGAAGAGAAGGCUAGAGAGAAGUAUAAUCUGGCUAAUAAAGCUAGAAUGAGCUUUUUGCAUCAAAAAGUAAAAAAUGAAUGGAUCAAAGGAGGAGAUUCAAAUACAGCAUAUUUUCAUGCUUGCUUGAAAAAAAGAAGAGGCAAUAAUCAUAUAUAUAGAGUAAAGAAUACUCAGGGCGAAUGGAUGGGAAAUCAACAUGAGAUUGAGAAUGCAUUCUUGCAAUACUAUGAGUUGUUGUUAGGGACUGAAGAGAACCUCCGUGCAAAAGUAAGUGCUACUGUGAUUAAGGAAGGGAAUGUGCUCACCAAUGAUCAGAAGGCAGCAAUGUGUAGAAGAUUCAGUGCAGAGGAAGUUAAGCAAGUAGUGUUUGAAAUUGAUGACAAUAAAGCUCCAAUGGGAAAAAUUCUAAAACAAGUUAAUGCUACUACUUUGUGUUUAAUCCUUAAAGUAGAGCAACCUAUAGAUGUUACUCAGUUCAGACCAAUAGCUUGUUGCAACAUCUUGUAUAAGAUAAUUUCUAAGCUGAUUUGUAGUAGGCUGACUGAGGUACUGGCUAGCAUUGUGAAUCAAGUCCAGAGUGCUUUUGUGCAAAAUAGGAAGAUCCUUCACACCAUUUUCCUAUGUCAAGACAUAAUGAAACAGUAUAAGCAGAAAAAUGGGUCAGCCAGGUGCACAAUCAAAGUGGACUUGAGAAAGGCUUAUGAUUCUCUUAACUGGGCUUUGCUGAAGGAGUUAUUAAGAGCUUUGAAUUUUCAUCCAAGGUUCAUUGAUUGGGUGAUGAUAUGUGUUUCCUCAACCACUUUCACUUUGAGUAUAAAUGAAGGGCUUUGUGGUUUUUUUAAAGGAAGGAAAGGCAUAAGACAAGGAGAUCCUAUGUCUCCUUUACUGUUUGUGCUAGCAAUGGAAUACUUUUCUAGAAUUAUGUGGCUGAUGAGUAAGAAGCCUAAGUUAUCUUUCCAUUCUAGGUGCACUCAGCUUAAAAUAAACCAUUUGAUUUUUGUUGAUGACCUCAUGUUAUUCUGCAAGGGUGAUAUACAAUCAACAGUGCUAAUGAGAAGAGCACUAAUAGCAUUUGCAGAAGUAUCAGGGCUACAUGCCAGCCCAAAAAAGACUGCCAUCUACUUUGGGAAUGUACCCAAUGAAACUCAAAGUAGAAUUGCUUAUAGGAUUUCAAAAAGGGCAUUUUUAUGGGAAGGCAAGGAGUAUAUGAAUAAGCCUCCUCCUAUUGCAUGGAGCAAAGUUUGUAUGCCUAGGAAAAAUGGAGGGUUAGGCUUAAGGGAUUGUGUGGUGUGGAAUUAUGCUGCUGUAGGCAAGUAUGUUUGGCAGGUGUACAUUAAAGAGAGGGAUUGGUGGAGUUACAAUCCUCCACACUCUGCUAGCUGGGGAUGGAGGAAUAUAUGCAAGGUGAAGGAAAUGAUGAAAGCAGGGUAUGACUCUGAUAGUAAGUGGUUGGAUGGUAGUAAAGACUACAGUAUUAAAGGAGGUUACAGAUGGCUAAAAGGACACUAUGAACAAGUGAAUUGGCACAACUGGGUCUGGUCUUCAUAUAAUGUUCCAAAGCACUGUGUUAUAACAUGGAUGGUAGCUCUGGGAAAGGUUAGAACCAAAGAUAGAUUGCGGUCAGCUGGCAUUAUGGAUUGGCUGAAGAUUAGGCAAAGCCCUGAUGAAUAUGUGUAUGUCUCUUGGAGGAAAUGGGGUAGGAAAUAUAAGAGUAGGAGAAUGCAACAGAGAGAUCGAAAUAUGAGGCAGAGGAGAUGGUUGGAACUGAUAAAGGAUUAUGAUAUGGAGAUUCAAUACCAUGAGGGUAAGGCCAACGUUGUCGCAGAUGCACUUAGUAGGAAAUCCUCUCACUGUUUGCAGACCAUGCGUUCGAGGAAUCAUCUUCGAGAAGAGUUUCAAAACCUUGAUGUGGAGAAAGUGUAA